CGAGGCCCCCGUCCCAUCGCCAGGAAUUCUUCUUCGGAGCUCUCGAUCGAUCGAUCGAUCGCUUUCUUGAUCGAUCGAAAGCUCGGGGGCGCGAUCGAGAAUUGCGUGAUUUAUGGAAGAAAUGUUCGGGGCGAGAUGACGCACGAGUCGCGCAGGGCGGACGAUGCGAGAGGAGGGAGCGCGAUGAGCGUGGGGGACCUUCUCCGCAUGCUGGAAGCGGCGGUGGAGAAAGAGUUUUUAGGGAUGAAGAAGACUUGUGAAGGCUUGGGAGGCAAUUCAGAUUGUAUGCAACAUUCGAAGGGCGACGAAGUGACAAGUAGUUCAUCAGAUGGAACUCCGAAUUCCAUGCAUUCUGCAACUGGAAGCAUAUUCUCACGAAGUAGUGACGCUAAGGAAAAAAACUCGACGAUCGUGGAGACCUCUACGAAGGACGAAUUGCAUUGCAGUUCUGUUGAAAGAGAAGAAGCGGGUUGGACAAGGCGCCACGAAGCUUUCCAUGCUAAGAUUGGAAGCAAGUUGGAAGCGACGUUAUUGGGGCAGCGAGCGGAAGGGCGAGUAGAGGUGAUUGAAGGCAGAGAAGUUCAGGGUUUUAGGAUCGAUACUGGUGUGGAUAGCAGGAAACUGACAUCAGAUCGUUCUGGUGAUGUGAAAAGGAAUUGCCACAGUACACCAGAAGAGAUACUAGGGAAUUUCGAAAGCAUGAUUCAGGAGAUUAUGGUGUCAGGCCUUCCGAGUCAAGCAGCAAGUGGAGAGUUUUUCAAUUCAGCAGAAGUAACUCCUGGUCAUGACAACAGUGCUGAUGAUCCUGGCGGGACAGUAUCGUCCACACAGAAAGUGGGAGCACUUGCCCUUGAAUCGAAAAAGUUGUCAGAUGACCGUACCCUUAGUGAUGCUCAAGAUAACGAUGUCCAUCACGUGUUGAAGGUUCUGCAAAGGGAUAUCUCUUCUGAAUCUAGUGAGCCCGAUUGGUCAGACACGGGCUUAUGUCGUGCUGAAGAGCAGGAACAAUUAUUUUGUGACAUCAAGAAUCUGUCCCCUGAGUUUCUCGAAAAAGAUGGACAGUAUAAACCUUCUUCCUAUGCUUUAUUACAGCGCGUGCAAGAAGUUGCUCUGGCUGAAGGAGACACCUCCGACGGACAUGCCAGUCAGGGGAGGCCGUCACUUCUGGAGGCAAUCAGGAAAUUGGACAGCAAGUGUGAGGUAAUCUCGAGUUCGAAGGACCAGUUGGUAGGAGAUGUUUUGUCAGACGGUAAUGAAGCUCAUCGCUGGAAGGACGCCGAGACGUGGAGGGGAAGUGAGAAGUCUUUUCAGUCGUCAUUUCAAGGGCCAGAAGAAAUAUCAAAACCCGACAUUAUCAAGAAUGAGUCCAGCGUAAGUUCUAUCUUAGCUCCAGGGCGAGCACUAUGUUCAGGUGAGGCAGGAGGAAUAUCGCCGGAGCCUUGUGCGAAUGGCUGCAAGGAUAAGGAGACUGUGGAAUUCCGCAAGAAAAGUGAAUCACCAAAUCACACCCGAGACAGUGAGACUUCGCAUGCCAAUCUCUCUGGGAUUUGUUCGGCCAACUCAGAUAGGAUCGACAAAGAAGAGGCAGAAAAAUCAUCAUGUAUUCAAUUCAUAACAUCAGAUCAUGAAACAGCACGAUCUCUCCAGCACAGCUCAACACCUGGAGCUCCUUGUAGAGGAUCUAAAACAUCGCAGGCUGACUCGACUGUCGAAACCGCAUGUCGUCCUAUAAAAGCUUCUGACUACUUCCAGGAAUAUGGCUGGGACGACGCAAAGUUGAAGAGUGUUUCAGCCCAGGCAUUGAGAAGGAAAAGUGAGGAACAUCAAUCUGUGUAUGGAUCAGAGUUUCAAAACUAUGCAAGGAAGAAUAAGGUCAUGACGGUUGAAGACGUGAAUCAGAUAACCGAUCAGGCCAGAGUAGCGUCGAAAAGGGCAUCCGAGUACUACUCCAGACUGCAGCGAUUUGGCUUGAAUGAGGUCGGAAUGGGAAUGGCGGAAGACGAACCCGUAGCACGAGAUCAUAAACUAGCCUCUGCUACAAAUUGUGAGCACCUGCACAAUAAACUUCCACAAGGACACGCAUUUUAUCCACUAAGAAUCAACGACGACGUGGUUGUUGAGCAUUCUGUGGGAUUUGGGUCCACUCGUUGCAGCUCAUCGAAAAGAGCUCGCGGGGUAGCAGUGCACUCCAGAGAACCGUGCCGCAGCGAAGGAGCGGUAGUAAGAGACUCUUCACAGGCUCUGGAUUGUAGUGAUCAUAACGACAGUAGUCUGUCAACUGCGACAUUUCUCGAGGUCGAGAAUGCAGCAGCAAAUUCUCAUCCUAUAUUGAGCUCAGACCAUUUCUCAGAUUGGGAUAAAGAUGGAAAGAGAACUUCGAGUCAUUCUCUCACCGAAUCAGCACAAUCUACUCCGUCGGACACAUUUUUUGGCCAACUGUUGAGUUACGGACGUGGUGUGAAGAGCAGGAGAAACCCGCGUGGUACGCCAGUUUCUCGCGCCGUAAGUGAGAGCUCAGUUUUGUCUAAGUUGGCCCGUGAAGUCAUGGAGAGAUUUAAUACUGGAACUCCUGCACCAGCUCAAUCGGGAAGUUGCGACCAUAGAGAGAAAGUGAAGGUUGUUGUCCGCAUGAGACCAUUUGCGGAGCAUGAGAAAACGUCCCCACUGAAACAGAUUUUGUGUAUUCCUGAAGACAAGGUUAUAGUCAAGGAAAACAACCCAGCGCUGCUCAAGCAAAGCUGCAUACGAAACAAGGAAUUUCGCGACGCAGAAUCAUUGGAGUUCAAGGUUGACAAUGUUGUCGACGACAGCUACUUACAAAAUCAUCGAUGGGACAAAAAGGCGGAAUCCCAAUGCCGGAUGUACGAAUUGAUUGGUUUACCCUGUUUGGAAUAUGCUUUGGACGGCUACAACACAACAAUUAUGGCCUACGGUCAGGCGUGUAGUGGUAAGACUUACACCAUGAUGGGCGACGAUACUGUGGAAGGCCGUGGUAUGAUGCCGAGAUUCGCAGAGGACUUGAUGCAUCAAAUUUCGACCGAGUUCAAAAACGAGUACUUAGUUCAGGUUAGCUACCUGGAGAUUUAUCAGGAGAGAAUACGCGACCUGCUUGUUCCCUUCAAAGUGGACCCUCAAGCUGUAAGGGCGGAAUGGCAGUGUUGCCUAGAUAGUGGAGCGUCAAGGUGUGGGUCAGUAAAAAGUGAUCGAAAUUGGUUGGAAUCCUCGGACGACAAUGUCUACGAGGAGUCGAUGGAUGGCGACACUGCCAGCUAUCUUAGCUUCGGUGCCGGAACACUCAAGAGCUGGAAGGAUAAGCGUGCACCAAGCGUCUGGUUUGACAACCCAUCUACAAAGAAGGAGUAUCUGAAACUACGAGAGCACCCUGUCUCCGGUCCUUAUGUCGAAGGACUGUCGUGGAAGGAUGUGUAUACUUGGGAAGACAUGGAGCAAAUCAUGUUGGAGGGAGCCGCUCGCAGGACUUUAGGAGCUACCCCAACCAACAAGUGUUCGAAUCGUGGCCACACUUUGUUUACUAUGAGGAUUGUUAAGGAACAGCGAGGGAGGAGCCCACAUGUGAGCUUCGUUAACCUCGUAGACCUCGCAGGAACUGAAAAGCCGAAGCUUGCCAAGAGAAUAUCGUUGGAGAGGCUAGAGGAAUCCCGCUAUAUCAACAGAUCUGUAGCUCACCUAAACGAUGUGAUCCUGAAUCUAUCCAAGAAUUCCAAGUUCGUGUCAUAUCGCAGCUCUGCUCUUACUUGGCUCCUGAGAGACUCUCUGGGAGGAACCGCCAAGACUUUUCUGAUAGCCCAUCUUUCUCCCGCAGAACAGGACUUUCAAGAGAGUGUGAACACUCUACGAUAUGCUGCCAAAGCAAAUCACAUCCAGAGUUCUAUAAUCUCCCAUCCAGAGAAGAAGAAGCAGCUCUUCGUGAACAUGAAGAAGGAAGCAAAAAUUUUACAGGAUUUAAUUCAAAAUCUGACCGGGACUGAAGAAGAUAAGCGGCGUAAAGAAGAGUUGAUACAGCUGGGAUCCUGCUUGCCAGUUCUAUCUUCUUUCAAAGUACCACGAGUUGAAAUGCCAGUAAAUUCGGGUCAUUGGAUGUAGAUAUGAAACGGCCAGAUGAUAAUCAGCUGAGCCGUGCCAGGAUUAGAUGUAGGAAGGAGCUCCGAUAGAGAAGAUUACCCACAUGAUAAUCAGCGCUAGGAGAGUCCGAAAUCUUCGCACAAUUUUACAUCCUUGAAAAUUUUGUAAAAAAUCUCCAUUGUAGCUGUCAGCGAAUUUUGUCGACGACGAGAAAUCGAAGUCACCAAUAAAAUUUUUACAUGACCCGUGAAGUAAUGGAACCGUGCACCCAUAGACAUUG